GGGAAAGAAGGUAGGGGAGUGUCCCUUUACUAUAAAAGCUACUUGGCAUGCAGCUGUGCUAAUUAUGAGUGUCUUCUUGUAGGGUGCCGUGAUUACAUUAUAGGUGUUGUGUACAGACAGCCAUCCGGAUCACCUAGUGUUUUUCUAGACUUUUUACAAGAAAUUUUUCAGUAUGCAUCUGAGAGUAAACUUUCUAUGAUACUUGUUGGUGAUUUUAAUAUAAUUCUUAUGUUGUCUGACUCAUGGCAGUUAGAAUUCCUAGACCUCGUACAAUCACAUGGAUAUGAAAAUGUAAUUGAGUGUCUUACCCGUGUCACAUCUGAGACGGAAACUUUAAUUGAUUUAUGUUUAACCAAUGCAAUGAGAAAUGACGUAGUAUCUGGUGUACUGACGGUGGAUUUAAGUGAUCACUUACCUCUCUUUUGCUUUCUUCCGUGCGCAAACGUUGGCUACAAUAAAACGAAUAUAACUAACCCUUAUUAUCGAGACAUAAACGAUUAUAGUAUUGAACGCUUUGUUACGCUUGUAUCGGCCAUACACUCGAAUGCUCCCGGACAACCAAGUUUGCCUGGCACUGCAAUCAACCCUAUUGCUUUAGUCACGGGCAGCCCAACUAAAAGAGACCAGCCAUCGCUCGACGAGAAUCAUUGCAUGUCUAGAAAUCCCGAGGACUAG